AGCCAGCAUACAAGUUGAUAUUUCUAAAGUGACCUGCGCCUUGUCCAGAUCCCUACUGUGUAUUAUGGGUAGCAUAAGCAUAACAAAUUAUUGACAGUGGUGCGCGGCAAGCCUACGGAUAAACGUUUCGUUCUAUCCGUGCAUUUUUAUUCUAAAGAUCGAAUCGUAGAAUUUUAAAAGGUUUAUUAGUGAUUAUGGCAGUUCCGCUCGCUUGUACGCGUUUCAGCGAUAAUUACGAUCUUAAAGAAGAACUAGGAAAAGGUGCAUUUUCUGUAGUAAGACGAUGUGUUCAAAAAUCUACAGGAUUGGAGUUUGCCGCUAAAAUUAUAAAUACCAAAAAACUAUCAGCUAGAGAUUUCCAAAAAUUAGAACGAGAAGCUAGGAUAUGUAGGAAACUUCAGCAUCCAAAUAUAGUGAGAUUACAUGACAGUAUCCAAGAAGAAAAUUUCCAUUACUUAGUAUUCGACUUGGUUACCGGUGGUGAAUUAUUUGAAGAUAUAGUGGCCAGAGAAUUUUAUUCAGAAGCUGAUGCUUCGCAUUGUAUACAACAAAUAUUAGAAUCAGUCAACCAUUGUCACCAAAAUGGUGUAGUUCAUAGAGAUCUUAAGCCUGAAAACUUAUUAUUAGCUAGCAAACAGAAAGGCGCUGCGGUAAAAUUAGCAGAUUUUGGUUUAGCGAUUGAAGUUCAGGGCGAACAACAAGCGUGGUUUGGAUUUGCAGGAACGCCAGGAUAUCUGUCACCGGAGGUGUUGAAAAAGGAACCAUACGGAAAACCAGUGGACAUAUGGGCGUGUGGUGUUAUUCUAUAUAUACUGCUUGUAGGUUAUCCACCCUUCUGGGACGAAGAUCAACAUCGGUUGUACGCACAAAUCAAAGCCGGAGCUUACGACUAUCCGAGUCCAGAAUGGGAUACUGUGACGCCGGAAGCGAAGAAUCUCAUUAAUCAAAUGUUGACAGUGAAUCCAGCGAAAAGAAUUACGGCUGCAGAAGCUCUGAAACACCCAUGGAUAUGCCAAAGGGAACGUGUUGCUUCUGUUGUUCACCGACAAGAAACGGUCGAUUGUCUCAAGAAAUUCAAUGCUCGACGUAAACUCAAGGGUGCUAUCCUUACUACUAUGCUGGCUACUCGCAAUUUUUCAAGUAGGAGUAUAAUCGUGAAGAAGGGAGAAGGAUCUCAAGUGAAAGAAUCAACAGACAGCUCUACAACUUUGGAAGACGACGACAUCAAAGAAGAUAAGAAAGGUGGUGUCGACAGAAGUUCGACGGUUAUAGCCAAAGAUCCCGAAGGUCCUGGAACUCCUCCUCAAUCACCACGAAUAGCACCUGCAUCUUCUGGUUCUCCUUCUAGUUCCAUAUCAGCUUCGACACCUAAUCCAAGGCCUAACGCCUUAAAUGUAGGUCAAGCUUUAUUGCAAGGCAUUCAAGAGAUUCGGAUAGUGUGCCCCGAAAAGACGUACACUCAACUAUCCACAAAUUCACAAUCCUCAGCUCGACGACAAGAAAUAAUUAAGAUGACUGAACAGCUAAUAGAAGCUAUCAAUACUGGAGACUUUGAAGCUUACACCAAAAUAUGUGACCCACACCUUACUGCAUUCGAACCAGAAGCUAUGGGAAAUCUAGUAGAAGGGAUGGAUUUCCAUAAAUUUUAUUUUGAUAAUGUUUUGGGAAAGAACUGCAAAGCUGUAAAUACGACAAUUUUGAAUCCUCAUGUACAUUUAUUGGGCGAAGACGCUGCUUGCAUAGCCUACGUUAGAUUAACGCAAUACAUGGAUAAACAUGGUCAAGCACAUACUCAUCAGUCAGAAGAAAGUCGUGUAUGGCAUAAGCGAGAUAACAAAUGGCAGAAUGUUCAUUUUCAUCGUAGCGGCGGCAAUGGAGGAGCAGCUUUCGGCUUUAGUUUACAUAAAUAGAACUGCUGAGUCUUUUAUAUGAAAUUUGCUUAACAAAAUUCAUAAUAGACUAUGAUGUUUCAAUGUGAGAUUCUCAAUGGUGAUGUGUGAAAUUUGUUAUGUUUCUUCGUACUUAAGGACGUAGUACUUUGUUUUUCACACGCAGCUAUAUUUGACUUUACCAAAAAACUAUUUGAUAUACAUUAAUAUAGGAGCAAAGAAAUAUUCAAUAUGAAUUUAUAGAUGGUUAUUAAAUAAAGACACAAAGUGAUAUAACGUAAUAACUUUGUAAAAAUAAAGCAAUAGGCAUUUAAGAAAAUUAAAGGGAAUCUAUCGUUAAGUUUAAAGGAGGUAAAGUAGAUAGCUUGUUGAAAGAUUUGCGUGUAGAAUCUGCUUAUUUGUGCUCAACUUUCAAAGUAUGAUAUGUAACUUUUAAACUGAAUUAUUGAAGGCACUGAAAUAUUAUAGUUGUGUACCAAGUUGGACUAAAAAUUUUUAAUCGGGCAAAAAAGAUGACUAAAAUUCCAUUAUUUCUCUCAAUUUAUAGCUAAAUAUAAAAUCUUGAUGAAAUUAAAAAAAAAUUCCAUUAUUUGAAUCAACCAGUAAAAAUGUUUGUAAGAGCGCUAUAAAAUGGCCGAUAUUAUGGCGGUAUUUACAAAUUUUCAGGUCUAUUGUUCUUCUAGAAAUAUAAUGAACUUUGUUGUUUCGAAUAGAUCACUCUGUAUUCUGAUAAAUUCUAUGUAAUCCCAAAAAUGUUUUAUUAUUCUUUUUACUAUAGAUUUAAAGGAUUAAUAAUUAAAAAGUGAAAAUCUCGAAAACAUAAAAUCAUAUGAAGAAAAAUUUCGAACAGAAAAUGUAGAGGAAAAUGUUUCAAAUAACUCAAUUUUAUAGCUUAGCUGCGUGCUAUAUUGAAAAAGUUUAAAAUGUGGAUUUUCCACGUUCUCGUGUUUUUAAUUGUAUCUACAAAAUUUAGUAAAUAAUCACAAUAAUAUGUCUUUUCCAAUUUCUAAUUAUUUAAAAAAAAAUCCAAUUAGUUAAAUUUAAGAAGCCCCCUUUUUAUUUCUGACCAGAAUGACACCUGCUCCCGAACAAGGCAGGUCUGUAGUUGGUGUUGAACACAUAAUUACUCUGUCUAACACCCGUUUCGAAAACCAAAUCUUCAGAGAUUGAAAGCAAAUUGUAUACAAAAUGCAUUACUUAACAUUAGGAGGUGGAUAAUCAAUGGCAGAUUUAUAUUUAAUAUUGCCUUUGAAUGAUGAGGAAAAAUUUUUAUUUUGAUUCCAUUUAACCGAAAAACAGUUUUUCCAAAUUAGACAUUUUCUUAUACUAACAAAAAUAAUUUUUUGAUAAAUUAUAAUCUUUUUAUAUAUUGAUAAAAAAUAUUACAAACUUGUUGUAACUAAAUAAGAAUGUACUAUGACCCAUGUUUUCAACAUUGAAAUCCAUAUUUAGUCGGGGAGAAGGAAUACGUGUCUAAAUUAACAAGAACAGAUAAUUUCAUUUGGAAGCCAAUAAAAAAUUCAAAAAAGCCCAGAAUACCAGCCGCACCUGUACGAAAAAACGAACAUGAGCAGUGGGCUAGAAGCGACAAAGUAAAAGCAGAUUUAUUUGCAAAUCAUCUCACUACAGUCUUCCAGCCACUAAGUCACGAAAUAGAUCAAGAAGUAGAGAAAAACUUAGCAAAUACAACAAAACGCAAGAAGCCCCAUGAAAGCCUGGACUCCAAAAGAAGUGCACAAUGAAAUAAAAUUAGUAAACCCGAAAAAAGCACCGGGCUCCGACCAAAUAACCGCCAAAAUGCUGAUAGAAUUGCCACAAAAAGGGGUAGUCAUGCUAAAUUACUUUUUCAAUGCAAGUCUAAAACUCGGAUACUGGCCAAAAUCAUAUAAAGCUGUACAGAUCAUAUUGAUUGGUAAACCAGGCAAAGACCCGACCAACGUGUCAUUUUACCGUCCAAUAAGCCUUCUACCUACAAUGUCUAAACUCCUUGAAAAGUUAUUCCUACAUAGAUUCACUGAAGACUUCCUCCACAGGAAUGGAUCCCUUACCAUAAAUUUGGAUUCCGACAAAAAUAUUCGACAGUGCAACAAGUCCACCGACUCACGCAGAAAAUUAAUAAAGCCCUGGAAAACAAAGAAUACUGCACUGCUGUUUUCCUUGAUAUCGGACAGGCUUUUGACUGAAUAUGACAUCAAGGGCUGCUGUACAAAAUUAAACGAACUCUCCUCCCAAACUACUACCCACUACUGAAAUCUUACCUAGCCAACAGAACCUUACAAACAAAAGUUACUACUACUGAUGAACCAUAAACAGCAGUAAAAAACGUCCAGGCUCAUCUUAACCAAUUGCAGGAGUGGCUACAAAAAUGGAGGAUUAAAUUUAAUGCAACCAAAUCAAUAAAUGUAGCAUUCACGCUACGUAAGGGUACAUGUUCGCCAGUUAAGUUAAACAAUACGGAAAUAUCACAAGCAGAUAGUGCUAAAUACUUAGGAAUCCACCUAGACAAAAAACUUAACUGGAAACAAGAAAUCACAAAAAAAGGAAAACUUGAAGAGAACUACAUUGGUUGAUAGGGAAAAAAUCCAAAAUCUCACUUGAAAACAAAAUCCUUAUCUACAAAUUUGUCAUCAAGCCUAUAUGGACAUAUGGAAUAGAGUUGUGGGGCUACGCUUCCAAAUCUAAUAUAAAUAUUAUUCUCCAAUCUAAAAUACUCCGUCAACUAGUAGAUGCUCCAUGGUAUGUAAUAAAUCACACCAUUCACGUGGACCUGGGAGUGCCCACUGUAUAAGAAUUUAUCCAAGAGAGGAUUAUUAAACACCAUAAAACUAUAGAAACCCACCCAAAUCCACUACUAGAGGAGUUAUUAACGCCAAGAAACGCGAAAAGACUGAAAAAAAGUUGGCCAAUAGACUAAACUAGACUUAGAUUAUCUAACACUCGUGAGCAAAUUAACCCAUAGAAUGUAUAAAAUAUUCAAAAACUUGUUAAGUAUAAAAAAAUAUUUAGUCGGGAAUUGCUACGUAAUCACUUUACCGAAAAACUUGAUUUACUUUAUACAUAAAAUACAUUUUACUUAUAUUUCAUCACUUCAGUAAUCUAAAUUCACUCCUAAAUAAUAAUGAUCGAAAAAAAUUGAUAUUGCACUGACAAAAUAGAGGAUAAAACCAAAUUAUAUUAUAAAUUUUUCAAAAAUGUAACGCGAAACGUAAUCCGCGAAAAUAAUGAAAUUGAAAUUUUAUUAUUCUUAAGUUAUAGGAUUCUGAUAAUUUCACACGUACAACGCCUGAGCCCCAAUGGGAAGAUUCUCUAUUUCAAAUAAUAAUUUAGGAUAGAAAGAAGCCUUCCCAAACCAGAACGUAAUGUAAAAGUAGAAAUCUGUUUCAAAAUUUGGAUGUGGGGUAGUAUGGCCAUAUAUGUGCUGAAAGGGAAGAGGCUUUACCUUUAUCUGCUCAUGGAGAUAUAUACAUCAGAAAAGGAUCUGUUUUUUUAGAGAUUGUGUAGAAAAAAUAUAAAAUUUUGAUGCAAUUUAAAAUAAAAAAAUAAUUUUCUCAAUAUUCCACUCGGCUUAGCCUUAAUUUUGAAUGUAUUAUUGCAAAUUCGUCUCAACCGAUCUGAAAGAAUUAGGCUAAAUGGGGUGGUUCCAUUUAAAGCCUGUUAUCAGCAACCACUGAAUCCUUAUAACCCUAACUUUAAAAAGCCGCUGCAGGCAAAAAUUACAAUAUGGCGGUUUGCUCUAAAUUUGUAGUUUCAAAUAAGGAUGAACUUGCAAAAGAACCAUACGCCAAAACGACUCAUUUAACUAGUAGAGAAAUUUUUAAGCCAGAAAAGUUGUUUAAUUAUUUUCAGAUACCUAAACGAUUUUAUUCAUCUCAGGUACUUUAUUACUUCAUACAGUAGUAAAAAUACCAGAAAUAUUGACAUUAAUUACUAGAUGGAUAACUAUAACUAAAUUUAUACCAUUCUCAAUAUACUUUAAGACAACACAUAAUGGAGAAGAGUAUUGAGAAGUAGAAUGUUCUAGACAAAGACCAGCGUAUGUUUGCAUCCAAUUUAUCUGUUUUAUAUCUAAACACACUCAAUAAAAAAUACUGAUAUUAAAAAACCUCAAAUUCCCAAAUACCUAUGUUAAGCAUUUUUAGAAAAAUUUUUAAGACGAAAUUGAUGGCUUUGGCAAGGAAACUGUCAUGUAGAUCAAAAGUGUUUAAGCCUAUGAAAUAUUGUAAGAAUAAAAUUCUAAGAAAAUAUAAAUUUUAUUGAAGAAUCAUCUAAUUUUUUCAUUUAAAUUAAGAAGACAUCAAUUACAAAAACUUUAUAACCCAAAGUACAACAAUAUGACACAAAUUCUUUCCUCUUAUAGUGACUCAUUUCAUAUAAUAGUUAUCUCAAUUAUCACUUUGUACUAUUCAUACUACUUUGCUUCUAUUUUAAAAUGUAUUAAAAUACUUUUGAAACUCGAGCUUCAAGUGUACGUGUUCAUUUGGAUUUUGAAAGAGAUAGAAAUACAAUGGACUCAUCUGCAUGUGUACUACAAGUUGUUUUAACCCGUAAAAAAGCAGGGUAACAAGUUUAAUACAUUUUUAGAAACCUUUUCUAAUCUCUUUUAAAGCACAUGUUUCAAAAACAGACUUGUACACACUAUAACGCAUACUAUAAUUACUACAAUUAUGCUAAUUAUAGAAUGUUUAUUUACAUUUAAUAUUAUAUCAAUAAUAAUAUUUAGUAAUGUUUGUGGAAAUCUACAUUUAGUAAUAAAAAAAUUUUUAAUUUUGAAACCCAAAAUCGAAUAAAGAUGAAUAGGCAACUUUAUUAUAGAGAAAAAUAGUUUGUAUAAGUUUGCAUACAGUUUAAAUUUUUCUCAGCAUCAAGAAAUUAAUUGAUACAUGAUAUGCACUUCAACAACAUCUGCAAUCAAGUACUACCCUCUCACAAAAGUAUAUUGUUAUUGUUCAUAUUUAUUUAUAAGUUUUUUAGAUCUCUCAUCUUCGUGAAGGAUAUUUGGUCCCGAAUUAACAUCUUGAGAUAUGAAAUUUGCACUUAAGUCGUUGAGGUUCAGUUUUUUAUUGGAUAUGUAUCUGGGGUAAUAAAUGUAAAUUAAACCAUAUAUUUCUGUCAAAAUUUAAAUGUUCUUUUCUGGAUAGUCUGUUAGUAUAAAAUCGUUAAAAAACAUAUCAGUUUAGUCCAUAUAUUGUUCAGCUGGAUUAAAGAUGUGCAUCUGAAAGCACCAGUUUGUCUAUUCUUAAAGUUUUUUUUUACUUUUGGAUAAUGUAUUCUAAUUUUGGGGGUAGUUCUGAAAACUACUAUGUAAUAUGUUCAAAAAAAGUUACUUUAUGCGAUUGGUAUCUACUCUUCCAGAAUAUUAACCAUAUUCGUAGUUUUUUACACUAUGAGUAAUUUGAAAUUACACGUUAAAAAUAAUCGAUAUUUCAAUAGUAACUGAUGUUGGAGAACAAUUUUAUAACACUUUUCAUCUUGUUUCACGGAUUAUAAGGAUAUAAUAUAAUUAUAUUUUUCAGAUAUACAUUAUGUUUCUUGUGUUUUGUGCCAAAAAUAUAUGGGGGACUAUGGAAUGCAUCAAUUUUCCUAUUAAAAUUCUUCAUAGUUUUGUCGACCAUGUAUGUCGAACCGAUUCUUCUUUUCCAAGUUAAUUUUUUCGAUACAAAUGAUGGUUUCAAUUUUGACACAACCGUCUAGUGAAGGCUGCUCUAAAUAAUCGUUUGAACCUAUAAAGUAAACUCAGCUUUCCUUCAAAAUAAGCACAUUCAUAUGACAAAUAUGUGAAUUAGGUAAUAAAAUUUCUGAACAAUGGCUUAAUAAUCUCACCUAAAACCUAAAAUUAUAUAAGAACUGUUUUUAUAACAUUAUCUACUGAUCACAUCAUUUCUAACGCAUAUUAUCGAGUGCCCCCCUUUAAUUUUUGAUUUAUCAUCUCUUUAGACAUUUAUUUCUUGAAAAUCAUUAUUGAAAAAAUUGAAGAGAAAUUACGGAUUUUGAUAUAGAAAAUAAAUAUCAAGAAAAAAUGAAUAAGAGAUGUCUAGAUGUUUCUAGUUUCGAUUCUUUAUUUUUAUUAUCCUUUUUUCCUAAUUUUUUCGAAUUGAGAAUACUUUUAAUAUUCAAAAUUAAUUCAUAUAUAAAAUUUCAUCAUUGAAUCGUUGAAAAAUAUAGAUAAAUACUAAAUAAAAAUGUUCUGUUAUAUCAAAAGAAAGGAAACUCUUUAGCAGCAACACUCUAAACAUAUCACAUGUAGGAUGCUUAAGAUACAUAAAGAGAUACUUUUAAUGGAACGAAGUUGAAAUCCGUUUGUUCAUUUAGAAGUUACAUCUACUUAAAAGACAUUGGAUUAUCCUCUAUGACUUUAUUUUGAUAAAUGAGUGUUAUAACAAAAAUUAUUCGAGUAAAGUUAUUUUAAAAAAUAAAUAUUUUUGGUAACAUUCAGGAUUUUCAUGAACAGUAACUUCCAAAGGUUCUAGAUGGCGGUAAUGCUUUUUAACGACGAAUAUUUUCCACGUCUUUUGGUCACUUAGUGCAAAAAUGUCUUCACUGCAGGACUCUACGACUAAUAAUUUCUGAGCAACCGGCUAAAUACAAUGAAUGAAAAGAAAAAGAAUUUAAAAGAAAUUUCUAUAUAAAGGCAUCAUAAAUAUCAGUACGGUUUAAAUCAAACAAAAAAACCAUGAAUGGAAUAUUAAUAUUAUUUUCUGAAGGUCUUGAGAACAAGAGAGAAGCCCAGGGAUUGAAAAUGGUUAUUAAAAAGAGAAAAAUAUACAACCAACUAAAAAGAGGUUCCAUCCUCCAUUAUUCUACUUGUUAUUCUAUCUGAAAGAGUGAAAUCCGAAGCCCAAAAAGGGGAAAAGAUAGUCUAGAGAAGGAUAAUAAUAAUUCUUACGAUAAAUCAUUUUCUGCUUGUUUAAACUCUCUUUUACUGGUUCUUCUUUUCCAAUUAUUUUUAUCAUCACUUUUAUAUGCACCUCUCACAGACUUUUGAAGCAAUUAACUAGAUUCGAUUGAGUAAUCCCAAUAUUUGAAUUUUGUUCCACGAACUAAUGCAAGGCAGUUAUUGUCUUGAUCAAAGAAAGUCAUUUGCUCUUCUAUCUUUUGUAAACUGAAUAUCUGUCAGUUCAUGGUCAGUAACGGUGCAUUAAAAUUACUGAAUAUUUCUCUCUAAUAACAUAGUUAAUUACACCGAUUUUCUCGAAGUGUAGUUCGCCAUGUAAUGUGAAGUUUAUUUUCACUUUGUCAGCAUACAAGUAGUAAUCUCAUUCAUUAUUUGUUAUACUGUUAGUUACAACUAGUUUACUGGAAAAAAUUUUGUUUUUAAAACAUCAAAAUUGAACCACAAUAGUUGGAGAAGAAUCCAAAACGUAUCGGUUUGCAGUUAUUCUUUUCAAUGUGGGGGGUCGUUGAUCGAAUUUUAACUAUUUUAAAAAAUCGAUGCGUAUCUUACAAGUUUAUUUUAUUCGCCUAUUAGAAGAUAAUGUUUAUCCAUUUUGUCAUUUCUGAUUUAAUUGUUAUUGUCUGGUGUAUGAAUGUAUCUAAAUAUAUCUUAACCUCAACAAAUCGUUAUUUAUUAAUAAGAAUAAAACUUAUAAUGUAAAAAGUAUAGGUUUUCAAAUAAAAGAUUGCAUACAAAAAUCGUUAAUUACAAUAUUACAUAUAAAAUGUUAAGAUCUAAAUUUAAUAUUGUUAAUAUCUCACAGCCAAUUAUGAAAACGUUUAAAUCUUUAUAUAAGAAUAAUCUCAUAGUUAAGAAGAAAUUACCAAGAAAAAAUUAUUAAAUUUCGGAGAUCAAACUACAAAUACAAGAUUAACUUGACCUUGUGCGUAAAUCAUCAAUAAAGUAGAUAGUUUAUGCUGAGGAUAAAUGAAUAUCGUUCUAAACUCAAAAAUCUUUAAGUGAACAUUUACCUACCAGUUGAAAUUGGAAAUAUUUUCUGUUCACUACCUACUAAUAUAACUCCAAUGUCGUGUUUCUUUUCUCAAUUAAUGUCCCACAACAAUGAAAUCUUGUCUUUGUUUAAUAUUUUCUUAUAAAAUUAACUAAAAAUGAUGUUUGACUAAGUGUUGAUUAGUGUAAUUUUAGUUACAUAUAGUAUACUGUUAAGUGUGUUCUAAUAUAGUUUUGGCGGCAAUUAUUUUACAUGUAAUCUAAAUCUAUUGUGCCAUAUAUAUGUUUUCUCAUUACAUAUAAAAUAUAUGUAUCUAAGUAGAUAAGAAUAAUUGAUUUAAUAAAAAUUUGUAUUGAGCCUAAUAUAUAAAUAUCUAUGCUGGAAACAGGUGCCCAAUAUGGCUCGUGUCCGAAAGAAUUAGACAUUUCUCGAUUUGUCCUUACUAGACUAGACUUGGCAGGUGCCGUAAAAAUAAUUCAGGGACUCUUCCACAAGGAUAGGACUCUUGUUUCACUAAUCCCACACAAUCCAAUUUUGUAACGUCACAAAUUACAUUGUCAAGAAAAAUGGUCAUUUUAAAUCCAAUUCAGACUCGGAAUUUCUUUCAAACUUAAGAACCUAAACACAUUCUAUUCACCUAAUAAAAUGAGGCUUACAUUAUUUAUUGUUAUGUUGCUUGCUUACAUUUUAUUAUAAAGUGAGGUAAUUUCGGGUAAUUCGUGACGUCAGAAGACAGUUUGAUAUAUUUCUUUAGGUAGACCAUCCUACUGGUGCAUUCCAAUAAGCGUUCACGGUGCCUAAAUUACUCUUUUGAACGUUCCACAUAGCAACUACAAUCGUUGUGCUCGUGGUGAGAACGUCACUCAUAACGUCAUGACUAACGUUCACGGAGACCCUUAUCAAAAGGUGGGUCGAGGUGAUCCUUUUGAAGCAUUCCUGUGACGCACCACCACGUAUCGCCGCAAAAUAUAUUUUGAUUUUACUUUAAUGUAAAUCAGUUAAACUCUUCAUUAAAAAAAUAAAAUAACUCACAAAUUAUAACAACCUUUUAAAGUUUUUGUUUUAUAUUUUCUGUUUUACCGUUCGUUAAUAUUUAUCUCAACGCUCAAAACGCCUUAACUCAUGGGUUUACGAUUAUAACUCUCUGUGCUAAGUGGAACGGAAAGAACGUGGUCUUGAACAUUAUUUUCGUGAGUGCUUAGUGGAGUGCACCCUAUGCUUUGUGGAAGAGCCCUUGACAUUGCUGCUUUUGUUGGCUUCUUUAUCAUUACUAAAUAAUUCUGUAUGGAAUUGAUAAAGUAAUGUGUCUUUUGUAUUUUCGCUAACAGUUGCCUGAAGUAUAAAUAUUUUUUGAUCUUGUAGUUUCAAGAGGAAAAAUUGAACUAGUCAAACCAUUGAUAAGUCGAGUAGCAAACAUAACCUCGUAUGGAAUACGUUGAAUGCCUCUGUAAUCAAUCGGUCCUUCUAUAACUGCACAAAUCGUAAGACCUCUGACCAUUUGAAUAACUGAGUUUCCUGCAUCCUUUGCUUUCUCGAUAGCUUCGUGUGUGGCGUGGUUUACCGUGUAUUAUUGGAGCAUGAAACAUGUCUAAAAAAUUAUAGAUCAUUUUAUUAACAAACUUUCUGCUUUUGUCGCUAUUCAAUAGACAAAAUAAUAGUAACACAAAAAAUGUUCAUAAGAUGAUGAGCAACUUUUGGGCUGGUUUAGUUUUUAGAACUCCAAGAAAUACAAAUUUUGCUAAAUGGUUUUAUUGAUUCAUUAUCCUUUGAUCCGAUCCUUUGAUAUCUUUUUUAGUUUGUACAUAUCACAUAAUUUCAAAUAUUUCUGGAUAAAUCACAGUACUUUUUAACAUACCAAAUCAUUUCUUCCGAGUAUUCCUCCGAGCUCUCUUUAAAAUUUCAUGAACCUCACUAACUUCGAAUUAUACCUUAUUGAACCAAGAUCAUGGUUCUUAUGUUUCGGUAUAAGUUUUUGUUUUCCCUAUCUUUAUAAUUUCGAAUCUACUUAGGUUUCUACAAUCUUGGUUACUUAGUUUUUCGCAUUUUACCUUCAUAUGAAAUAAUACUGCUCAGUAUUUACGGCAGUGGUGAAAUUAUUAUUACUAAUUUUUUCGAUCAACGAUAUGAAAUACCCAAAAAUACUUACAAAUUUUGUAUUUACGAUACAAACGCCAAUAAUACACAAACCGCACUUUACAAAACCAAUUUGAGUUUUUAUCUAUUUAUCGAUCAAAUGUGCAUAUGGCGAAGUAGCUGAAUUGGGUUGGUCAGAUGCCGAAUCACUUACUUGUUCGGCAUCAUUCUGGCAAGUGACAAGUAGUAUAGACAAAUCGCCAUAUUUCGAACAAAAGCCGAAUUCGGCUUCCGCCUCCAACAUAUAUAAAGGGUGGGGCAAAAGGGGCGUAACAACGAAUUUGUGACUUAAUUAUAAUUUAUAAUUUUUACAAUUUUCUUGAGUAGAUAUGAUAUAUCCGAAUUUACUGAUAUCAGGUUUAGUCUGUCUCUGACUUACGAAUUACACUUUAAGUACAUCAAAUACAAUUGUAAGUACUUAUAAUAAUAUCCUAAGUAAUUAUCACAUUAUAUCGAAAAAUGUUUAUUUAUUUUAACGUUUUUGUCAUAGAAACAAACAUUCCAAUAAAUUUGAAACAAGAUAUUUGGAUUCAAUACAGAUUAAUAAUGUCGGCACUCAGUAAAGGUGAAAAAAUUAUUUUAUUUUAUGUUAGUUGUAGAAGUAGAAAGAGAUUAUUAAAAGAAGCUGUCGAUUUGUUUAUUAUACAUAUAUCGAUAGAAUUUCUCGUAUUUCAAGUCUAAAAUAUUCCCGGUUGAAGGCAACAAAGAAUAGCUAUCAAAAAGAAAAUGGACCCAUGUAAUUCCAAGUGUACAGGAAGAAGCAAUUAUGAAUGAAAUUGAUGUGAAUGAUAGUUAUUUGGAUAACAUUUUGUUUACAGUUGAAGCAACUUUUUAUCUGAAUGAACUUUCAAAUCGACAUGAUUGCUGGAUAAUAAACUACGAUGGAUGGAAGAAUGUCUUAGACAAUAUUUACAAAUGAUGAAUAUUAAUUGAAUCCUUUUCUAUGAGAAACGAAUUAAAUGGUUAUAGCUUAAUUCGUUAGCUUUCUUCUUCUUCUUCUUCUUCUUAUUUUAAGACUAUGUCUUGUGUUUUCAAAGAGGCAGCCUAAGUUGUGAUUCCGAGGACCAGCUCUCAUACCAGCGCUUUGGUGGUCUUCCAGGCGGUCUACUUGUAUUGGGUCUCUCUUCCUUUGCGAUUUUCGCCAGUCGAUCGUCGUCCAUUCUAUUGACAUGAUCUCUCCAUGCUCUUCUUCUAGUUCUGGCCCAUCUCACUAUAUCCGGAACGUCACACAUUCUUCUAAUUUCAUUGCUCCUUAUUCUGUCUCUUAGUGUUUUCCCUGUGAUUGAGCGUAAUGUCUUCAUCUCAGUCGUUCUAAGAGUCCGCUUAGUAGUUGCAGUCUCCGCCCUCGUUUCUAUGGCGUAUGUCAUUACUAGUCUGAAACAAGUUUUAUAUAUCCGUGUUUUGCUUUCGAUACUUAAAAAUUUAUUCCUCCAUAUCACGGUUCGAAGGAAUCCCGAUAUCCUAGAUGCUGCUGUUGUUUGCGUUUUGACUUCUUGUUUCAAGUUCCUAUUGCUCGUGAUGUUAACCCCUAAAUAUUUAAAAGACAUAACCUGCUCUACACUUUUAUUAUAAAUUGCCAGUUUGCAUCUUCUUGGUUCUCUCGCUAUUGUCAAGGAUUGUGUCUUUUGUGUCGAUAUGAUCAUAUUGCAUUUUUCUGCGUUAGCUUUCUAAUCAUUCACAGUUAUCAGAAGAAAUUUGCUUUCAGCACCACGAUGCUCUACCUGAUUAGGCUGCUAGGGUUAGAUAAUACCUGAACAUUGUAUUUCCGCAGAGAUGAGUGAGCCGAAAAAAUAUUUUGAGUGACCUACAAGGUCACCCGAUUCAUCUCCACUGGAUUUUUUUUUGAUUAUAUUCGAAGUCUAUAGGUUAAUAAGAAUUACCUAAAACUUGACGAAUUAAUGAGGUACCUGGUAUUACUAAAUUCUAGAAUAUAUCUACUCAAAAACAUGAAUAAAAUCAAAAUAUUAUCCAUUGAAGUCAUAUCUCCUAAUUAUAACAAAAGAAGAAAAUCUGUAAACACCUUUGCAUAGUAUAGAAAAUAGACAAAAAAAUUUAUUUAAGAAUCAUUUUUCAUAAAAGUGAUAAUUAAGCCACACAUUCAGUGUUUUCUCACUUUCCUGGUAUUUUCACUAGACAGUUUCAUAUAACCUUAGAAAUUAAGUAUAUGCCGAAGAUAAAAUGAAACUCUUCCAAAAAUUUUAUCAAGUUCAUAUAUACACUUGAUAAUAGAUUGCCUUGUUAAGCAUAAAGCAGCCGCUGAAAAUGCCAUAUCGUGUAUUUCAAUAAAUAUGUUAUUUAAUUCCAAUACAUAAUUAAUAACACAAUUAAAAUACAAUUAUUAAGGUGAUGUUAUGCACCCAGACAAAAGAACGCAGACCAAUACGGGAGAUCUAAAAUCUGGUCGUUAGGCUUUGUAAGUGGGUGAAACCUGUGUGGAAAAUAUAGACGUGAGAUGGUCCCCAACCUGGACUGGUAAUGUCGCGUUUCUCGCUCGCACGUAGAGAAAUGUCAAAAAUUACAUUAUUUUCUGAUAAAGAUACAAAUAAAUCAAUUGAAAUGAUCAAGACAGUUCCAGAAGAUAAUGACAACUCGCACAGAGCUUUAUAAUUAGAUACAGAUACUAAAUUUUAAGUUUUUAAGGGAUGUUGUGCCAACAUCAGGAACUUCAAAAACAGAUAUACAAGAAAGGUGUGCUCCAGACAAACAAGUAAAAAGUAAUGCCAAAUAAAAAAAACAGAUUUUCAUUUCUGAAAGAAAGACAAGGAAGCACACAAAUUCAGCUACAAGCUUUGAGAAGUAGCCAAGAGUCAGCCGAAAAGAAACCAUCAUUUUCCGAAAAUGUUGAAAAGUCAUUUUCAAAAUGUUGAAGAGCAAUAAGCUCUCUUUCCAACACAACGUCCUGUUCUUUAUCAAGCACCACAUCACCAAUCCCUGAAAGCUAAACCCAGAAUGAUUUGAUUGAUUUAUCACAUCGACAAUACCUAUGAGGAAACUUCAAACGAGCCAUUUUCAACCGUUUUAAAGGAUCAUUUAACGAUUCUUCAUUAACAUUAGUAUAUAUGUUUACACCUAGCAACUCUGAUGUUGAAGGCUACUGAUAUAUUGAAAAAAUGGAUAAUAGCAAUUUGUAUGAAAAAUUAAUUACACUAAAUUUACGCACAAAUAAUUACGGCUCAUUUAUGUUAGGCAACGCAUCGCUAUUACUUUGCAUACACUCUAAACAUUCCUUCAAACUUAUUUCAACCAAAAAGAAAACAAAUAUCUGCAGGAAGGACCAAAAAUUUUUCUUCGGAUGAAAAAUGCACAUUAUGGAUUUCAAUAAUUAAAAUGUUAUUAAUAGAUAUAUUCACAUUCCCAGAAAUAAAAAUGGUAGCAAAAUAAAUGAUUAAAUAAUGACAUGACAGUAAUUACAGGAAUUAAAAUCGUAAUCUAUAUUAUUAGAACUGUUAUUAGUUUGAGUCCCCAAUAUAAAGCACCGAAUAUUCAAUCGUAUUAUAGAAAACUAAAAACUAUUCAAUCAUAGUCCUCAAAGAUCUAAUGAAACACACAAUAAAUGUUUCAAUCCAAAAUGUUGAACCAAAUUAGAAGUUGAUUCUUGAGUAAUUGUGAAAUGAAAGCUAAGGUAUCAAUAAUACUUCCAAUAUUACUUCCAACCUCAAAAAAUAGAAACUUUAAACCUUUAUUGUUUCAUUUAUAAAAGAUUAAAUUUAAUAUGUCGAAAACGUAAAAUGAAAGCAGCAAUUUUAAUUUUGUGAGAAAAAUGUGUUCUUUUUCAUAUCUUGAUAUUACUCAUUCCACAAAUGGAAUCAACAACAUCUAAAAAUAAAGAGUCAAACGACAAUUACAAUUGUGUACAAACAACUUGUAAGCAAAAAAUUCGAAUUAUUGGUUGUGAAGUUUUACUCGAAAUCUGGGGCUCCCCACAUCUUUAACGCUGCGACCAUCUUUUUAGGUUGAGAAUACGACGACCACCUUCUAGUAACUUCGUGAAGUAGCGUCCUAGCAUUAUUUAAUCGUUCUAAAACAUGUUACAAUAGUAAAAAAUACCAUUUUUCAAAACUAUAAACAAAACGUUGAUAAGCAAUAAUUUAUUAAUAAUUAAUAAAAGAAAUUGAAAAUGAACAUUUUCAACUUAAAUAAGAAAUAAAAGAGUAUUUCACAAGUAUUGGUGGCUCAUCCAUUGACAAAUUUCUCCUGGAGAUCGUGACCCACCGGUUGAGAACUUCCUCCUUGUGUUAUUUCUGGGACAGGAAGUACUGGAAGUGAAUCUUUUGUCGGUGAUUUUUGAAACAUCCACGUAAAACUUUUUGCCUUAAUUUUUUAACAAAUUUUUCUUGAAGAGUUUUCGAAUCUGAGUGUUCUUUAUGAACUUGUGCUAUGUAAUAUUUGAAAGUAUCAUUCUUUGUUUUUAAUUUGACCAGAACAAAUCGUUCAUUUACAUUUUUAUCGUUUAAAUAUUCAUCAGUAUUUUCUUUAACAAUAUCUACUAUAGUUUCAAAUUAACUCUCUUAAUCAUCAAAUAUGAAAUAUUAAAGAUACAACUGGACAGAGUAAGCAUUGUAAAUUAAUAGGAAAAAAUAUGAAUUUUUAAAAUUUUAUUCACAUAUUUCUAUUCAAUUCUAACACUUGAAUUAAGAUUUUUCGUUUCGUGAUUGAUUCGUUAGACUAUUACAUCCAAUUUGUAAAUUUCAUUUUUUCAUUGUCAUUGCACCUAUGAAUAUGUAUGAAAGGCGCAGUUUUCCUUAUCGCGAAACAACACUAUAGCGCGGUAGCGGUACGGAUUCGAGAAUUAAUAAAGCGUUAAGAAAUAUGUCGAUGAAAUUAAAAAAAAUAUUUUCAUAUUAUCUAUUGAACUACAGCUCUCACUCUAUUGAUUACAGCAAAUUUUCAACUUUUUUAGGAAUAUUUUCUGCAAAUUUCAUUUUGUUAUUAUUUUUAUUUUGUUACUUUGAUUAGAAGUACCACAUAAAUAAACAAAUUUGAAAAUUGUUCAACAAUUUUCGUAAAAUUCAGGAUUGAAAUUAUUUUGAAAUCUACUCAUUCAAUGUUAUAGUGAAAAAAAUUGUAAGAUUAUAUUCAAAAAUAUUAAUUUACAUAGAAAAUUCAGUUUUGUUAGUUUGUAUAAAUUUUUGUGUGGGAAAAAAUUUUAUACAAAUGGAUUUAAUUGCAUAUUUGAAGGUAUUUUUAGUUCUUUUUGUUGUUAACAAUAUUGUUUUAUAUAAAUAUACUUUAUAUAUAAAAUAUUUGUUGAUUUGAUGAUUGCGUUUCAAACUUUACAAGAUGUAGAUCUUACUAUUUAAAAAAAUGGGAAAUGCAAUAUUGAGAUAUUAAUUAUGAAUUGGAAUAUGUAUUACACUAUAGUUAAACAACUUCGGCAGCUUAAUGCAACUACUUCAUAACGAUUAGUUCGUAAUUAUUUGUAAUUGAAGGGGAAGUUACUUAAUUUUUAAUCUCGAUUUUUAGCUACAGAAUUACCUAUCAAAAAAUGUAGCGAAAUCAUUUUCAAUUGUUUGUAAAUUAUUAUAUCAAUUUGUUCAAAAUUAUACACAAAAAUCGAAUAAAUAUUAUUAAAAUUGUAA